UUCGUCGUCGGGGCCGCGCCAUCGCGCUGCGCAUAGAGCAGGAGGCCGAGGGCGGCGCCGAGGAGCAGCGUGAGCGACGCUUCUCCGCGUAGGCGCAGCCUCCGCCUCAUGUCCGUCUGGCAGGCGCCCGCGGCCCCUGCGGAGAGACUCAGUCAGGGGCUCAAGACAAGGAAGCCAGCAGCCGGCAGGGGCUCCGGCCCCGCCCUCCCCGGGGGUAGGGCGCGGGAGGCCACACGCCUGGGGUCUCCAGCUGCCGGCUGUUCAUCCCCCUCCGUUGUCCUCCUACUUUGGGCCCUGACCCCCCACCGGGAUGGGCACCCUGAAAGGGCAAGAAGUUCCUCCUAAUAGCCGACUCCCACCCUCUCAGCUCCGGCCUAGCACGGUGCCCCAGAGCCAGAUCAGGGAGACGCGGAGCCUCGGCCCCACCCUCUUCCCGCGUUGAGGCUGAAUCCCUUCUACUCAUCCCUACCCACCACGGAGGUCCUUGGGAUCCUGAUACACGUUCGGCCCUUGGGAGCGGCGUGGCCCCGGAUGCCGGGGCCUCCGGGGCUCAGCGCGGGGUCCCAAGGGCGGCCAUGGACGGGGCCUGGGCCAAAUGCAACGUUGGCAGGAAGGGGGGCCGGGGCCGCUGCCACGUGACCCUACAGCUGUGUGCGCCCGGACAUCUGGAGCUCAGUCAGCUCCGCCCUGGCGCUGCCGGAGCGCUGUCUCCGAGUGGAGACUAAUCUCUGAGAGGGAUCCUCACGGUCAGCUCUCUCUGGGAAGCUCAAAGAGGUGAGUUCUGGUCUCCGUGCAGACUCAGACUUCCCAAUUCUGCCUUUCCGGGGGACGGGAAGAAGCACUAACCUUUCUGGUUAGUUUCCCUACCCCUGCCUCUCCGGAGCAGAAAGGGCCUGGGCUGGGCAGGAGCCCCAGCGCAGGAGGGCUUGGCAUCGACCCCUCCCAGGCCAUCCUUGGAAGUGCCUCUCCUCAGCUUUCCAGGAGCCCUGGUUCUGCAAGACAGCGUCCAAAAAGUGCCCCGGAUACAUGGCUGCCUCCUUUCUCCUGGCUCUGCCAUGCCCGCCAGCAGACACACCACGCACACAAGGACCAACAAAACUGCGUGUGCAAUUCUCACAACCCUGGCAGCAGCUGUCAUUGAUUAUGCCCAGAUGGGGACGCUGCCCCUCAGGGAGUUAAGUGACUUGCCCAGGAUCGUACAGGCAGAAGGCUGUCCACACCAUGUCCCAGAAACAGCCCCCACCUAGUAACCUUUUCCCCGACUCCAGUGGACACUCCGCAGCUUUGACAGAUUUGCAGCCUCCAUCACAGCAGGCUCAGCGGCCGGUUCACUGCAGGGGAAGUGGGAAGCGGAGUGAGCUCGGGACACCCUUCCAUUUCCUCCCCGCGACUAUCCCGCGCAGACCUCACCCCUCCCCAAACUCCAUCCUCCCGAGGAUGCUGCCUCUGCUUCUCUCCGGGAGUCUCACCUACGGGCUGACCAUGGAACAGAAAAGUCUGGCCAGACGGCGGCGGCGGCGGCGGCGGUGGCUUCUCCUCCGACGGAGAGGGUGCCAGAGACUGCGAGGGGGCCGGAGCGCCCUCCACGUCGCUCCCUUGGCCCCCCGAGCCGCACGUCAGAUUCCUGAGCGCAUCCUCCAACUCUGUUAGUUCCUCAUCCCGGAGCCGGUCGGGCUAGGGAGGGGAGUGCGGCGUCGGUGGGGGUCUUAGCCGCGAAUCCCCACCCCACCCUGGCCCCAGCCCGGCCGCACCUUCUGGGCGAAGAUGCAAUUCAAACAGCGCUCCUCGUCGGUCAGCAAGGCAUCUAGCUGCUCCGCGCCGGCGCGCAGCUCCAGUUGCAGCGACACGGAGUGCAGGGUCAGCUCCGCCGCCAAGCACCCUUGCAGCGCGGCGCGCAGUGCCCCCUCGCGGUAGGUGCGGAGGAAGCGGCCGCAGGCCUGGCGCCCGCUGAAACGCAACUGCACGAUCAGCUGCGGAUCGCUGCGGUGGAUCUUGAGCAUCUGCAGCACGUCAGGGCUCCCGCCACUCUCUGCGAAGGCAGGCAGUCAGGUGGCAUGUGGUCCCCCUGCGGGGCCAUUCUCCAAGAGGCCGGAGGACGGAUGAAGCCCCAGAUCUGCCCCCAGACCCUAACGUGAGAGCCAAAGCUGGGACAGUACCUGGGAAGGGGCGCUCCAGCAUCACCCAGACCUGGCAAGAAAAAUGAUACUUGAUAACCCUACCCUGCGUCUGAGCACAGGGAUGUACCUUUUGAGCACCCCCCCCAUAAUCUUUUGGUAGAAGACAUAUUAAUACUUGUGUGUUUACCCAAAACCAUAGUCUGGAAAUUAACAGGAAGUUACCAUUGUUUACCUCUGUUGGGGAAGGGGGAGACUUGGUGUGAUCUUUAUUUUCACUGUAUUUAGCAAUAUUCUACUUUAUGUAAACCCCGUAGAUGCAGUCCUGCCCGAAGGGGUGGGUAAGUAAGGGUGGUAGUCUCCCCAGCAGGCCUACCUGCGAGACAUUGAAAACCUGGAGGAGGGGGGAAGCUCCCUCACACUCACUACGACUGGACAAAUGGGAGAAGUCAAACAGAAGUCAAACAGGCCUGCCAGGCUAAAGGUCGAGAAGGACAGACAACCUUUGAGAAGCGGCCGGGGCCCUUGGCUCGUUUCGCGCCCUUGGGAACUCCUUUCUACGUGUCCUUCCAAAGAAGCCCCUCCUCGGGAAGCCCCGCGCCCCACCCACCCAGAGUCCGCCUCUCUGCGGGCGGGGCCGGGCUGGGUUCUAGGAACUCUUAGCUGGGUACCGACUCAAGAAAAUGUGCCCCUAUGACCGGGAGCCAGCCGGUGCAGCGUUCUAUUAACACGGCCUAACAGUCCCCGGGUAGCCCCACCUCUGGCCGGGUGGACGGUGAAGGCCUGCUGGCGGGCGUGGCCCCUCAAGGACUGACAGGCUGAGAGUCCCAGCAUCCUACUCAGCUGGGCCGCUCCCGAGCUCUCGAGGGGAGCUCCCCGGCCUCCCUCGUUCUGGAGUUCUGCUCUUGCUACUGGCCGGGGAGGGCAAAGGGUUUCUGCUCAAAUAUCUGUUCAGAAACAGCCCCACCCCGUCCUCUCACCCACAGGGUCCUGCCGCCCCUUGAAAUCCCCUAACUGGGACAAGGAACUUUCGGGGACCAAGGUCCGUACCCUCUCUCCCUCCUCCCACGGAAACAGCCCAAUAGGCCACCACCACCACCUGACCCGAGCAGCCGCGGAUGACAACCGCGCCGCGCCCAUGCUUCCGAGCCAGGAUCCACCUCGGCUCCUGCCGGCACUGGGAAGCCCACCCACCCUCUGCACUAACCUGGCCGCCUCGGCUCGUCCCGGAUUCCCACGCCCGCCCGGCUCCACUGGAUUCGCGCUGCUUCCGGGUGUGCGCGGAGCGCAGGGGCGGCGCCCCAGUGCGAGCCGCCCCUUCUGUCCCGGCGUCCCGCCCCUCGGGCUCCCCGCGGUUCCUUCCCACCACUGUCCUCCGCCGCCAGUCCCCAGUCUCUGGGCAAAACCCACCUGGUCCGCUGAGCAGCGGAACCCCCACCCUGCUCCCGGCCAUGGCGGAGCCUGGAGAACAACUGCCGGAGGAGGUACUGGCACUCAUUUUCCGUCACCUGCCCCUGCGGGACCGCGCCGCUGCCGCGAGGGUUUGCAGAGCUUGGGCUGCCGCUGCCACCUGCAGCACUGUGUGGCACAACACGAACAUCAGUUGCGACUGUGAGCUAGAAGGCAUGCAGCCGCAGUACCUGUCCGCUUGCCUGGACCACGUUCAGAAUCUACGUCUGGAAUUUGUGCCGUCCAGGGAGCCGAGCCGCCUGGCGGCCAUAGAGUUGCUGACCGCACUGGCUGGCCGUAACCCCGAGCUGCGAGGCCUGUGCCUGGAGUGCCGCGGAGAAAAGCGGCUCUUCGACUCGGGUCGCGACGUCCUGGACGCCGUGCACGCCCUCUGUAGGGCCGCCCGCGCGCUGCGCCACCUCGACCUAAGGCGCUUGCCCUUCACACUGGACGACGCGCUGGUGCUGCAGGUGGCACACGGCUGCCCGGAGCUCUGCAGCCUUUUCCUGGAUAACAGUACGCUGGUGGGCAGCGUGGGGCCAGGCUCCGUGCUGGAGCUACUAGAGGCCUGCCCCUGCCUGCGCGCCCUCGGCCUGCACCUGGCCAGCCUGUCGCGCACCGCGCUCGAGGCACUGGCGGCGCCAGACCGCGCACCUUUUGAGCUCCUGGCCCUGCGGUGCGCAUGUCCCGAAGACGCACGCGCGUCGCCCCUGCCUAAUGAAGCCUGGGCCGAGCUGAGCCGCCGCCACCCUGGACUGGCCGUAGAGCUGGAGCUGGAGCCGGCUCUGCCUGCCGAGAGCGUGACACGCGUCCUGCAGCCUGCUGUGCCCGUGGCUGCGCUGCGCCUCAGCCUCUCUGGGGACACCGUAGGCCCGGUGCGCUUCGCAGCGCGCCACUACGCCGCAACCUUGCGCGCGCUCGAGGUGCGCGCUGCCGCCUCUGCCGAGCUGGACGCCGCGCUGGAGGAGCUGGCAGAGCGCUGCGUGGGCCUGCGCGAAGUGCACUGCUUCUGCGUGGUGCGACCCUCCGUGCUGCAUGCCUUCCGCACGCACUGCCCGCGCCUGCGCAGCUACACGCUCAAGCUGACGCGGGAGCCGCAUCCCUGGCGGCCCACGCUUGUGGCGUGAGGCGACAAACCCUCUU